CCGGCGGGGACGCGGAGGAGGAUGCUGAUGCUGGCGGGGGGCUGGGCGGGGGUCGCGGCGGGCGAGGGGGGCGAGGGGGCGUCCCCGGCGGCGACGGCGGCGCUGCGCAGCGAGCUGGGCUCGAACCUGCACCUGCUGAAGGGGCUCAACGUGCGCUUCCGCUGCUUCCUGGCCAAGGUGCACGAGCUCGAGCGCCGCAACCGCCUGCUGGAGAAGCAGCUCCAGGCCCAGCAGCAGCUGCUCAGCCAUGGACGCGCCCGCUACCGCCGCUUCCCGCGCCACCAGGCCACGCAGACCGAGCCCCUGCCCGCGCAGCAGCCCCUCGCCCCGCUGCCGCCGCCGCCGCCGCAGCCCCCCGCCGCCACCGCCGACCCGCCCGCCGCGCCCUCCUCCUACAGCCGCCUGCCCGGGACCAUCUGGAGCUACCGGCAGGUGCGGCGCACGGGCGGCGGCGCGCUGGAGACGGUGCAGGGCCCGGGGGUCUCGUGGCUGCACCCGGACGGCGUCGGCGUCCAGAUCGACACCAUCACGCCCGAGAUCCGCGCCCUCUACAACGUCCUCGCCAAAGUCAAGCGCGAGAGGGACGACUACAAGCGCAGAUGGGAAGAAGAGCUGGCCAAGCGAAUAAAUUUGGAGUCCGUGAUAGAGACGCUCCAAGAGGUAGGUUUUGGACGGCGCUGCUUCCUUCAUGAAUGUCUGGUCUGCUUCGACUGGUUCUGGCCAGCCCUUCGUAUUUCAGAACUGCGAAGACCCAACUCUCUCUUGUUCUUCAUGAUGCAUGUGCCACGUGUCCAAAACAAAAUUGGGGGCUGUCGAGCACAACCGUUGCCCUUGGACGGAUGGAUGUACAAGCUCAUCUGGACAAUGCCGACUUUGGCAGAGGAAGCCCUGAGAACAGGACUAUUGAGUCUCACUGCUGAAUUUGCAGACAGCCCCCGGUCCUCACACCCGAGCGAGUCCAGAGGACCCCACCUCACUUGGAGAGAUGAGGCACAGCUGUGGAAGAAGGAGCUACCCCCACUAGGACCAUGUUCAGCCCCAGCCCUGGGGGCCCCCUUUAGCCACCCAACCGAAGCUCACCUGAGGCCGGGCAAGCAAAGAGAAGAACGGAAAGGCCCUUGA